CGCCCCCUUUGUGAUUGUCGUAAAAGCCGGAAAUGCUCCACUUUCUGUUUGUCAACGGAGUGUUUACAAAAAAAAAGAGGGAAUUAUUUUAAACUACUUGCUUCUUUUUUCAGAAAUAAGUGAAUGAGUACAGGGAGUUAGUAAAGAGCCUGCUUGUGGAAUCUGACCUUCCCAAUGAGACAAGGAUGGACAGAAUCUCAAACCUGUGGGUGGAUCUACAGAGAGAUCAGAGGUUACCUAAGGGAGUGUUGACAGCAAGCUGCGAGGCGGAGCUUCAGGAGUUGAUGAAACAGAUCGACAUCAUGAUGGCCACUAAAAAGAAAGAUUGGGAACACCAAAUUACGAGCCUUCAAAGUAAAAUGGAGCUAAAAGACAAGGAAAAUUUACUACAGAAGUCCACCAUUGAACAAAAGCAUAAAGAGAUUGGUCAUUUGCGACUUCAGGUUGAGACUAUGGAGAAAUCUCACAGAGAACUGGUCACUUGUUACGAACAGCAACUGACCAAUCUCAAAAAUGAGGUUCAGAAAGUAAAGAGAGAUUACGAGAGACUGAGUAAGAAACAUGUGAAACAGAUAAAAGACCAUCAGCGAGAUAAAGACAAAAGUCACACCGAUUUACAGGAUAGUAAUAGCGAGAUAGGACGACUCAACAACAAGAUACUGGAAUAUAGACAGAAAGCCAAGGAUUGGGAGUUACAAAGACGGACAUUUCAGAAGCAGAUUGAGGCACUGGAGUCCCAGAGGAAAGCCCUGACAGAGAAAUGUGAAUUCAUUCAGAGCCAGUCCCAAACGUACCAAUCUCAACUCGAUCGCAGAAAACAGAUGCUCGACUCCACUGAGUUGAGUCUCAAAAAUCAGAUAACUCAGUUAGAGGGACAGUUAGAGCGGACUAAUGAUACACUAACAGCACAGGAGACUAAGGUGGAAAAGUUAAAAUCCUCGCUGGAUGAUGCCAUGACGGCACACAAAAAAGCAAUGGAUGACAACGAAAAGCUUCUCAAUGACCUGAAGAAGGCCAACGACUCAAUCAGAAACUAUGAAGAGGAGAAAGCUGAGCUGGAGAGUGAAUUGAGGGCAAAAGAGGACCUGCUGAGGGCAUUAGAUGAGGACAAAGGGAUCCACAGUGAAAGUAUGACAAAGAUGGAGCAAACGCUGGCAGAAAAAGACGAGAUCAUAAAGUCUUUGAGUGAUAUAAGACAGAAGGAGGAGAGCGAUCAGAUUCGAUUGAUGAGGGAAUCAUUGGAGGACGCUAAAGAGGAGGCCAGGAUGUGCAGAAAACAUGAGAAGGAAAUGAAGGAGGAGUUGUCCAGUUUACAGUCACAUCUCCAGCGAGCCGUGGAGGACUGCGAGAGGCUGACCGAUCAACUGGAACAAAAGAAAACUGAGUUGACAAAGUUAGAGAAUGGUGAAGUGAAAAGACUGAGAGCAGAAGUCAGUAAAUUAAGAGAGCUACAGCUCACCCAGAAAGAUGCGUAUGAAUCAGAAGUUCAAGGUCUGAAGACAGAGAUUUCACGCUUAACCAAAGACCUGCAUGAUCGCACCAAAACAAUGGCAGAUUUAAGUGAGGAAUCCAGCCAUGUUGAGGCUCAGUUACGGAAUGAGGUUGAGGCUCUCGACAGAAGACAGGCAGAGCUACAGGUUGCAAAUGCACAGAUUGAAGCACUCAGACUAGAAAACCGUCACUUGCGUCAGACGAUAUUACAACAAGCCAAAAAUGAUUCCGAUUUUGACAAAGUUCAGGAUCAUCUUACAGCAGUACAAAAUGCGUACACCACAACCAUCAUGAAAUUGGAGCAAGAAAAUCGUCAGUUGAGGGAUGACUUAGCCUGUCUGAGGGAGGAAAUGAACGAGAUGGAGGAGAAGUUUGAGGAGCAGUUACGCCUGGCUCUAAGGGACUCGGAAAUGUCCGCACAGAGUAUCAGAUCUAAAGAUGAUAGGAGACUGCAGAGAUUAGAGGAAGACUCCCAAAGGAAGUUACGUGCUGUCCAGGAGAGACUCGACUCCACCGUACAGCGAUACGAGGAGGAGAUUAGCUACUUACGCAGUCAGAAAGCUCGCCUGGAGGAACAGCUAGACAUGGAGAGGAAUAGUAACUACAGUCAGCCUGUGAGCGGUAUUGACCAUUACGAUGUCGAGAUCGGAGGGACUCGGGCUAACGGUGAUGGAGAGGUCCACCAUGAGGCAGACAACAGUUUUGAGACCGUCCUUAGCAGUCAAGCUAUGUCCAUCUCGGAGAGUGUUAAUGACUACGCACUCAAUGAUGACUUUGGCAAUGUAGAGGACUCAAAUUCUAGGAAUUCUGUGUCAGAGAGAUUUUUAGCAGCAGAAAAUCAAAGAGCAAGAGAACUAGAGAGACUUAUCGACUCGCACAUAGAACAGCUAAAAAUAGGUACAGAGGCCACACUCCGCAAGUACAAUGUCAAAAGGUGAUGGGGAAUUCCUCAUUAGUGUACCAAGUUCCUGUGUUCAGUGGUUAAUGGAUGAACAGGGUCAUUCCACCCAGCCGCAGGGGGAAUUUCUGUGAUAUCUUAGAAGAAGUGCAAUUUGGUUACUAGCCCAUUUAUAGGACAGAGGACUUGCAUGUCUCAUAUGUUACAUGUAUGUCACUUUUAUAUAUCUGAAUCUGAAAAGGCCUAUGUGAUUAAAGACAAAGAAUACAUGUGUAUGUGUGACUUACGUUUUAUAAAACUGUAUCUUAUACCAGUGGAUUUGACAGGUUUUGGAUCAGAAAAAGAUUUAAUUACAGUGCAUUACUAUAGUCUGGACUCCUAAAAUUACAAAACUUAAAGAUGUUACUAAAUGUACUCUGUACUGACAAAGUUGUGACUGUGAUAUUUGAAUAAUAUUGUAGCUAUUUAUUUCAUUAUUUUCUUGUCUGUAUACUUUCUAUUGUAUUUUGUUGAUAAGUGACAUGAAAUAGACCAGAAAUGUUUGAUUGUAAUGUCAUACAAUGCACUAUAAAACAUUCAUUUCACACUCGCAAAUUUUCUGUUACACACACACUACCGCACUCUGUUAAUUUUUUUUGUUGAUUUCUAUUUGCACAUGUUAAGUGAACACUUUAUGAAUGAUUUAGAUUUCAGUAUUUCUGUUGUUCAUUUAGUAAGCAAAAAUGUAUUGAAAUUAUGUCUUUAAUGCACAAACAUUAUUGUGAUAUAUGUCUUUAUAUUAUCCCUGAUACUGAAUUCCAUUUUGUAAAACAAGGGUUGGCUACCUAAAUGUUUUGUAUUAUGGGAUAGUGAAAAUCAAAAUUUUUAAACCAUUACAACCUUUCCUUACAAAAUCUUUUCAUCAUGUUUAUGCCUGCAUGUGUACAUGAAUAUUCUAAAUAAAAAUUUUCAUUUUAACCUA